AUCUCCGAUGAGCGUGACAUCAAAUCUGUGCCAGAGGGGUUUUUUUUUUUUUUUAAUUAACAAUAAGUCGGUUGUGAAGAAGUUUUAUGGUGCCAAUCCAAAGGGAUACUAGGGAGAAUAUCAGUGCGCAUUUGUAAUGCAUUAUGGAAGAGUGAUUUUUGUUACGGGUAGAAUGUGGUAUCAAUAGGGGGUUCAUGUCUUAAUAGUUAGCCGAGUGGUGAGAAAUGAGGAUUAAUGCAAUCAAUAAUCGAUAUAUUUGCUUCUCCAGCUGCGGGGUACGAUAUGCAUCCCAACCGGAAAGCGGGGAUGCGAUAGAUCAGAUCGAUUCAACCUCGCUCUUCUUUCAUUUUUCUCCUCUCCCAUCCCUAUCCUCACCUUCAAGUCAACCUAGAAAAUGUCCACAAACAUCCUCUCCUCCCUGCCCUGCUCCCUCCCCCAAACCAACAUCCCAUCCGACAUCGACGCGCCAGGCGUAGCAAGCGCAUACUCGCAUCGUCUUCACGCCCUGACACCAACCGACUUCACCCCCGACGCAAUAUGGCGCGACUCAUUCGCGCUAACAGGAACCCUGCGAACAUUCUACUCCGCCUCCGUCCCCGCCGCAUGGCGCACCCGAUGCAGCACCCGCCAAGCGCAGGGCUUCCGACUCAACCACGAACUGGCGCGCGUUAAUCGCCCCGUUCCCGGGAUCGGGUGGAUCGACGUCCCAUUUGUCUUUGAGACGGCUGCUGAUCUCCCGCUUGCGUGUGCGGGUUUCGUAUCGUUGGUGCCCGGGCAGAAUGGGAGCUGGAAGGUGUGGAUGCUGCGGACGGUUUUGGAUCAGGUGCUGGGGUGGGAUGUUGAUCAUAUGCCGGAGGAGGUGGAGGUUUCCGCGGAGAGGGAGGGAUAUGUGGAUUGUGUUGUUGCUCUGGGAGUGAGUUAUGUGAUCGUGGAUAAGAAUGAAGAGGUGGGUGGGUGUUGGUUGGGGAGAUACGAUUCGACCAAGUUACAUCUGAGUCGACCAUUCUCUCAACUCCCAUUCGACCGCGCAUUCCCAGAAAACUAUCCAGAUAAGCUGUCCAAGUAUGACCUAGCAAGAGGAUAUAAAGACUGGGCGGACAGAUAUUCCAUCAACAUCUGGCAAUCAACAACGUUAACAUCCGGCACCUGGAACGAAAACGAAAAGAAAUGGACUCUCCAUCUAAGACAGCCAAAUGCACGCAAAACUAUCCAAUGCGCGUUUGUCGUCAUGGCCACUGGAGGGGGAGCGCAGAAACCAAUCAUGCCGCAUUAUCCAGGCGAGGAUAUCUUCGAAGGAGCGAUUAUACAUUCGGCAGAAUAUAAGAAUCCACUUCCGUGGAAGGGGAAGCAUGGUGUUAUUGUUGGGUCGGCGAAUACAGCCCACGACGUAGCAGAAGACAUGCUCAACGCAGAACUGAAAUCCGUCACGAUGAUUCAACGCAGCAGAACUUAUGUCAUGCCCCAAGAAUAUUUCAACGACCGCCUAUCCACGCUAUACAACGACACCGUCCCAACAGCCACGGCAGACCGGAUCUUCUACUCCAACCCCCUCGUAGUCAGCCGUCUGCUCGCAAAAGCCAACAACGACAAACAAGCAGCCGCCGAACCGGACCGCUUCGACAGCUUGGAACGAGCCGGGUUUAAAGUCGACAGAUAUGGGGAUAUGAUUUCGAUUCUGCAUGAGCGGUUUGGGGGACAUUAUGUGGAUAUUGGGACUUCGGCGAAGAUUGCCGGGGGUUUGAUCAAGAUGAAGUCGGAUAGUCUUCCUGGUUCGUAUACGAAGAAGGGUAUACUGUUUGCCGACGGAACGGAACUCCCUGCUGAUCUAGUUGUCUUUGCUACCGGGUUUAAUGGGAACUUGCGAGAUGGUGUCCGGGAUAUAUUUGGCGAUGAAGUGUACAAUUCGGUCGAUGACUACUGGGGAUUAGAUGGACAGGGUGAGGUUAAAGGGGCUUACAAACCGACUGGACAUCCUGGAUUAUUUUACAUUGGAGGAAAAACUGGGCACGCACGGUAUUACUCUCGAUUCGUGGCAUUGCAGAUAAAAGCUGCUGUCUUGGGAAUACCACUUCCAGUGUAUAACGAUACACCAGGAGAAAAAAAAAAAAAAAAAUUGGUAUAAUUAACUAGUCCGAUAUUAUGUUAUAUAGCCGUUCAUUCAUAUCUAUGUCUGUCUCAUUUGAGCGGUUUCUGCGCUGUGGCAAACGAACUAUUCAAUGUUAGCUUCAUCCACUAGAAAAUAAAUCGAUAAACUCACCAAUGCGUAUAAACAUGCAUCUUAUUCUCUUUAAUCUCCG